UUUUUCAGUUACUAGGUAUAAUAUAUAGGCGCCACAUUUUUCUACACCUCUGCACACUUAUCCACCACAGACACAACUCAGGCUUUGACUGACAGAUGUUUCCCAGCAGUGCCUAAGGUCGGUCUCAGCAAAAUGAAUGUGUUUGACCACCGUUGGUAUUUAAGGCGAGAGUUUGGGAGGCUGGAUUAGACGAUACUGGGAAUGAAUAGAUGAGUACAGUUUCUUGGCUGAAUCCGUCUCGUUUCUUUACUCGCUCAAAAACUCUUCUACUUUUGCACGCUUUCUUUCUGCUGUCAUCAUGACAGCCUUCGACUUCACGGAUGUAGAGGCGUUUUUGGACAGCCACCCGGAUCUGUUCGAAGAGUAUCUGGUUCGGAGAGCCAAAUGCGAUCAGGUGAGCAGGUGGCUGAAGGAGCAUCAGCCGUCCAAAGUCUCCGCAUCCGAGGAGAGGCGCGCCGCCGCCGCCGCCGCCACGGACCCGCUCUGGUCAAGCAGCGCCGAUGGACUACGGCGCAGGUCGUCUCACAUGGAGCUGCGGCGAAACUUCGCCCGCUCCAAAGCCACAACCGCGCACCGCACAUACGACGAGCAUGUGAGCCUGAACGAGCACGAGUCCCAGUCGAGCAUGAGGCGCCGUGCGCUCCUGCGCAAAGCCAGCUCGCUACCUCCGACCACCGCGCACAUCCUGAGCGCACUGCUGGAGUCCAGAGUCAACGUCCCCCAGUACGCGUCCAGCGCCAUCGACUACAAAUACAGACUCAAAGAGACCAACGAGAGGGAGUUCUUCCUGGAGCUGGUGAAGGACAUCUCCAACGAACUGGACCUGACGAACCUGAGCUAUAAAAUCCUGAUCAACGUGUGCAUCUUGGUGGAUGCUGACAGGUGCUCGCUCUUUCUCGUGGAGGGACCCGCUCACAAGAGGACGCUGGUGUCAAAGUUCUUUGAUGUGCACUCAGGCACCACGGUCAGACCCUCAUCCAGCACUCUGAACUCCAAUGAAGUGCAAGUGCCGUGGGGAAAAGGGAUUAUUGGCUAUGUGGCAGAGCAUGGAGAGACCGUCAACAUCUCUAAUGCAUACGAGGACCACCGCUUCAGCGACGAGAUUGACAAGUUAACCGGCUACAAGACUCAGACCAUCCUCUGCAUGGCCAUCUGCAACAGUGAUGGAGACGUCAUUGGUGUUGUGCAAGCUAUUAACAAAAAUCCCAUGGGCACCCCUUUUACAGAGGACGAUGAAAAGGUGUUACAGAUGUAUCUGCCCUUCUGUGGAAUAUCGAUUUCCAAUGCAAAGCUGUUUUCGGAGUCUCGCAAGGAGUAUGAGCGGAGCAGGGCCUUGUUGGAGGUGGUCAAUGACCUGUUUGAGGAGCAGACCGACCUGGAGAAGAUCGUCAGGAAGAUCAUGCAGAGAGCGCUGACGUUGCUGCAGUGUGAACGCUGCUCGGUACUUCUCCUAGAAGAUAUCGACUCACCCGUGGUGAAGUUCUCCAAGACAUUUGAACUGAUGUCUCCUUUGUGCAACAUGGACAGAGACAUCAGCAUGGAGAAGUUAUCCUGCUCUGACUGGCUCAUCAACAACAGCAUCGCUGAGCUGGUUGCUUCCACAGGGCUGCCUGUUAACAUCAGCGACGUUUGUCAGGAUCCACGCUUUGAUGCUGAGGCAGAUCAGGCAUCGGGUUUUCACAUCCGGUCUGUGUUAUGUGUCCCGAUCUGGAACAGAACUCACCAGAUAAUCGGGGUUGCACAAAUCUUGAACCGCCUGGACAGAAAGACAUUUGAUGAUGCAGAUCAGAGACUGUUUGAGGCAUUUGUGAUAUUCUGUGGACUUGGAAUCAACAAUACCAUGAUGUACAAUCAAGUUAAGAAGACAUGGGCCAAGCAGUCUGUAGCAUUGGAUAUGUUGUCUUACCAUGCCACCUGCUCCAAAGUAGAAGUUGACAGACUGAAGGCUGCAAAGAUUCCCCUGAGCAGUGAGCUGGGCAUUGAUGAGUUCCACUUCAAUGAUUUUUCGCUGGACAAUGAUGCGAUGAUCACGGCGUCACUCAGGAUGUUUCUGGAACUCGGUGUGGUUCAAAAGUUUAAAAUUGACUAUGAAGUUUUGUGUCGCUGGCUGCUCACAGUGAGGAAGAACUAUCGAACUGUGGCGUAUCACAACUGGAGGCAUGCCUUCAAUGUGUCACAGUGCAUGUUUGUCAUGAUCACAUCCAGCACUUUCCAGGAUGUGCUGUCAGAUGCGGAGAUGCUGGCCCUGAUGGUCGGCUGCUUGUGCCACGACUUGGACCAUCGAGGCACAAACAAUGCAUUUCAAGCCAAGACCGGUUCUGCUUUGGCCCUGCUCUAUGGGACGUCGGCAACCCUGGAGCAUCAUCACUUCAACCAUGCUGUCAUGAUCCUGCAGAGCGAGGGACACAAUAUCUUUGCCAACCUCAGCUCUAAAGAGUACAGCAACAUGAUGCAACUAUUAAAACAGGCGAUUCUCUCCACAGACCUUACUUUGCACUUUGAGCGCAGAACCAAGUUCUUUGAGCAUGUUUUGUCAGGAGAAUUCAGCUGGGCGGUGGAAGAACACAGAGAAGUCCUCAGAUCCAUGCUGAUGACUGCAUGUGAUUUGGGUGCUGUCACUCGUCCUUGGGAGGUAUCAAAACAGGUUGCCGAGUUGGUAACGAGCGAGUUCUUUGAACAAGGUGACAGGGAACGGUCGGAGCUGAAGCUAACACCAGCAGCCAUCUUUGACCGUAAUCGCAAAGAUGAACUACCUGCCUUACAGCUUGAAUGGAUUGAUGGGAUCUGCAAGCCACUUUAUCAGGCGCUGCUGAAGUUGAACAGGAAGUUAAAGCCGAUGGUGGAUGGAAUAAAUGGGAACAGAGAGAAGUGGCAGGAACUCUGCUUGUCCGAUCAACAGACAAGAAGAGCGUCAGUCUCCAGCCAGAAUACUGACCCGGGUCAGAAUACUGAGUUCAGUGACGACGCAGAAACCAACGAGCUACUAGAGAAAGCAGGGAAAACUGCCCAGAUUAAAAAUACGGAGUUUGGCUCAAAAUCUGAUUGCCGAGAGGUAUUGAGGUGCAGUCAUGACACAGGAAACAACAAAACAGUCCCUGGAAAGAAGUAAAGCAGAGAGGUUGUUGUAAUAAAUAACUUGACAUUUUUUGAUAUCUUCUAACACAAGCAUCCCCCUGAACUGAUAGGGUGAAACAAAAUGCAGAAUUCAUCAGCGGAGCCUGCUGCAGCGUCACUGUGUUAACCUCAGGAACAAUGGGACGAACCCCAUGAGGUCAUAAAUCUAUUUAAAGGGCAGUGUUCAUACAAAAGAAGGGAUUUCAUCACUUCGCUAAGGAGAGUCCUGAAGUUGCAUGUUUUGUAGAAACUCUCUCCUGAUCAAAACCUUUUGGUGAUGCCUUUAAAAUCAUCAGGAAAUCACUGUGAAUUGUCACACAAAGCAAACUGCACAUCAAUCUGCUGGUAAAGAGGUUUUAAAAGACAUGGAUCUUCCACUGCAGCAGCAUAAAUUAACACAGGAAGUUUAGGAGAAAUACAAUAUUAACUACAAAAUUCCCAUGUUCAAUUUUAAUCAUUUCAAUUUAAUAUGAUUUGUUUUUGUACCAUCAAAUAUACCAUAAUUUUUUACCCUAUGCUGUCCACACUACAGUCACUCUAGAUCAGGGGUCUCAAACUCCAGGCCUUGAGGGCCGAAGUCCUGCAGUUUUUAGAUGUGCCACAGGUACAAAACACUGGAAUGAAAUGACCUCCUUGUGUAGAUCAGUUUUCCAGAGCCUUAAUGACCUAAUUAUUCUGUUCAGGUGUGGUGCAGCAGAGGCUCAUCUAAAAGUUGCAGGACACCGGCCCUUGAGAACUGGAGUUUGAGACCCCUGCUAGAUCAUCGCGAGUCCCCGGUCCUUUCUGAUGCUGUCUUCUCCUCACCCCACAAGGUGACCUUUUAGAUGUUGAUUUGGUCAUAUGGUUUGUAUAUUUAUUCUGCUAAAAGAUGCAGUGAUGACCCAUUUUCAGUUUACUGGAUAUUUAUUUAAAACACACUGGGCUUUAAUAAAUUCAUCAUGCCAUGCAUGCUAACAAGGUUUCCAGGGAGUUUGGAAGAGGAACAUACCACAUUGUUGUCAAUGCAGUACCACUGUAUGAUUAAUGCAAUGACUCAAACAGAUUAUUUUGAUUUAAUUAUUUUUAUGAAUCUUUACCAGGGUAUGUCAGCAAGUGUGGAGGGAACUGUGAAUCCUGUCAUGAAUGUAGACUGAACCAUGAUCAUGUUCAUGAAUGUCAUAUCUAGGCUGUAUUGCUUUAGUUUAAAAAAUCUUUGCCUGCAUGAUCUUACAGUGUUGUUCUUUGACAGCCGACUGGUUCAUAGAGUUGCAUGUGAUCAUUCUUGCCUUUCAGCAUAAAUUCUCUGUAGAUCAAUUAAUCAAAAUUUCAUUGACUGCUUGUGCAUCACCUUUAAAUUUUCUUCAAAACAUGAAGACAGGAAAAUUCAAAUGACUCUGAGACGCAUUUUAAGAUUGUACAAAAUAUAUGAAGUAAUUUAUUUGCAGCAAAUGAUGUUUUCUGUUUUUGAAUUCAGUUCAAUAUUUGAACUGCUGCUGUUUUCUUGUUGAGUUUCUGAGUCUCACUCUGACACUUACCUUCAGAAGAGUUUUGUGAUGCUUAAGUACAAUAAUUCUUCUGUUUUAUUUUUAUGUAGAGUAUAUCUUUGUUUGCAAAUGCAUGCCAGUUAUGUUGUUACUGCAUGUUCAAUGUUGACAAUGGUCAUUUUGAUGCCUUUGAUUGCCACAAGAGAUUUGCUUUGCAUGUAGUCAUACUGGUUCUAUUCUGUGUUCUGAUAUCUUCUACUAUUUCUGCUCUGUUGUUGUUGAUAAGAACAGCCUAAAAUGUCUACUUUGAGCUGCAACCUUUACCCAAAUUAUAAACUGGUGAGUUUUCAUAUGCUGGACUCUGUAUUUAUGACAACCCUUUUAAAAAUAGUUUCCUAAACAGGACAAGGAUGUGAUUUACGUAAGAGAAGAGGAAAUCUGAAUGACUGAAAUGCCUUUGAUAUGGAAACUGAAGGAUUGUUAUCACAUGGGGCUAAAAAAGGAAAGCCUAGAUAUGAUAAUUGAUUUUGUUUUUUGUAUAAAACAAAAAACAAGAGUUUACGUUCAAAACUGUGAGAAUUAUGCUGAAAUGAAACUGUCAUGUAAUUCUCAAAAUCUAAAGGUGGGACAGUGCCUUGAAGUGUAAUACCAAUCAUGUCCACAAGUGGUUGGCAAAUUUAUUUAUUUUUUAUAAACAAUGUCAUUUAAAAUGUAUUGCGUUAUAUCCUUUAAUGCCAAACUAAAUGCAUUUUUCUUUUGGUUUAGUUGUUACAUUAACCAAGUUCACUCCUACUUAUGAGUAAGAUAGUGGGCCAAAUGGCUAUUUAAAAAUUAAAGAGACUGCAGAUCUUGAAGGUUGUGUUGGGGUGAUGACCAGAUUGAUUGUCACCUUAACAUCAGGAAGUUAAUUUACCUUAAAAGUAAGUCAUGACUGUUGCCAUUAUUUCUGGUAUUUGCAAUGUAUCUUCCACGUACAACUUUCCUGAGGAUUUGACUUAAUUAGGUUUUAGUUAACUGUAUUAUGUUUGUACUGUUAAUAAUUUGAUACUGCAGUGCUGAUUACUGAGCUGAUGCGUUAUCCAGUAUUUUAUGUAAGUAAAUGCUUAUUUUCUUAAUGUU